GGCCAUGAUCCAAAGGAACCAGAGCAGUUGAGGAAGCUGUUUAUUGGUGGUCUGAGCUUUGAAACAACGGAUGACAGUUUAAGAGAACAUUUUGAGAAAUGGGGCACACUCACAGAUUGUGUGGUAAUGAGAGAUCCCCAAACAAAACGCUCCAGAGGCUUUGGUUUUGUGACUUACUCUUGUGUUGAAGAGGUGGAUGCAGCAAUGUGUGCUCGACCACACAAAGUUGAUGGGCGUGUAGUGGAACCAAAGAGAGCUGUUUCUAGAGAGGAUUCAGUAAAGCCUGGUGCCCAUCUAACAGUGAAGAAAAUUUUUGUUGGCGGUAUUAAAGAAGAUACAGAAGAAUAUAAUUUGAGAGACUACUUUGAAAAAUAUGGCAAGAUUGAAACCAUAGAAGUUAUGGAAGACAGGCAGAGUGGGAAAAAGAGAGGAUUUGCUUUUGUAACUUUCGAUGAUCACGAUACAGUUGAUAAAAUUGUUGUUCAGAAAUACCACACUAUUAAUGGGCAUAAUUGUGAAGUGAAAAAGGCCCUUUCUAAGCAAGAGAUGCAGUCUGCUGGAUCACAAAGAGGUCGUGGAGGUGGAUCUGGCAACUUUAUGGGUCGUGGAGGAAACUUUGGAGGUGGUGGAGGGAAUUUUGGGCGUGGUGGAAACUUUGGUGGAAGAGGAGGUUAUGGUGGUGGAGGAGGUGGCAGCAGAGGCAGUUAUGGAGGAGGUGAUGGUGGAUAUAAUGGAUUUGGAGGUGAUGGUGGAAACUAUGGUGGUGGCCCUGGUUACAGUAGUAGAGGAGGGUAUGGUGGUGGUGGACCAGGAUAUGGAAACCAAGGUGGUGGAUACGGUGGUGGUGGAGGAGGAUAUGAUGGUUACAACGAAGGAGGAAAUUUUGGUGGUGGUAACUAUGGUGGUGGUGGGAACUAUAAUGAUUUUGGAAAUUAUAGUGGACAACAGCAGUCAAAUUAUGGACCCAUGAAGGGGGGCAGUUUUGGUGGAAGAAGCUCUGGCAGUCCCUAUGGUGGUGGUUAUGGAUCUGGUGGUGGAAGUGGUGGAUAUGGUAGCAGAAGGUUUUAAAAAAACAACAGAAAAGGGCUACAGUUCUUAGCAGGAGAGAGAGCGAGGAGUUGUCAGGAAAGCUGCAGGUUACUUUGAGACAGUCGUCCCAAAUGCAUUAGAGGAACUGUAAAAAUCUGCCACAGAAGGAACGAUGAUCCAUAGUCAGAAAAGUUACUGCAGCUUAAACAGGAAACCCUUCUGGUUCAGGACUGUCAUAGCCACAGUUUGCAAAAAGUGCAGCUAUUGAUUAAUGCAAUGUAGUGUCAAUUAGAUGUACAUUCCUGAGGUCUUUUAUCUGUUGUAGCUUUGUCUUUUUCUUUCUUUUCAUUACAUCAGGUAUAUUGCCCUGUAAAUUGUGGUAGUGGUACCAGGAAUAAAAAAUUAAGGAAUUUUUAACUUUUCAAUAUUUGUGUAGUUCAGUUUUUCUACACUUUAGUACAGAAACUUUAACAAAAUGCAGUUUUGAAGGUGUUUCCUUGUGAGUUAACAAGUAAAGAAGAUCAUUGUUAAUUACUAUUUUGUAUGAAUUUUGCUAAAGUUAACUGUAAAGAAACACCUACUGACUUGCAGAUUAAGGGGAAUAAAUCUAUUCUCCCCAUUUCAAACCAUGGUAUAAAUGGGCACUGACAUGUGGAGAGAAUAGAUAUUUGUAUGUUUGCAAUGUGUGUUUUAGAUAAAAUAGGAUUGGGUAUUUAAAUUAGCAUAUUUGUGAAUUUAAUAGCAUUAAGAUUACUUUCAAAUGAAAAAUCUCAAAAUUCUUAUGGUUUUUGUGCAUUUUCUUUCAAAAUGUAAUCAUGAUUUUUAGUGUGUUAGAUUUGCUGAGUCCUAGCUGUGUUUAAAACAUCUCCAUUCUGCACUUACCUUGGUCACAUUUAAACUGCUGCCAUAGUUUCUGGGUGUAAAGAAAUGUCUGCUGCCCUUUAUUAAAUUCUGGAAAAGGGUAGUGGGUGUUUUUCCUCUCCCACAUUAAAAACCUUUAUUUUGAGAUACAGAACCACUAAGCCUGCUGUGUCUGAGCAAAUUAGUGGAUAUUUGGUUUCGUUUUUUCUUUUUAAAGCACACAAGAGGCCCAGUUUUUAAAUCUUGAGUUACUUUUGGAUUUUUCCCCUUCCCCCCAAUACAAGCUUUCAGAGCAAGAGAAUAAAAAUCAUGUAUUAUUAAACCCCUAACUAGCUGGCAUGCUUUUUCCUGUUUUUACCUUACAUGUUUUGCUGAAUGAAACCAAGGAUAGUUUAGGUGUAAUUGUUCAAAACCAUUUAAUGCAGCAGAAAUGUAGCACAGUUGUUCAGUACAAAGCAUCACACUCCCCAAAGACCUGGAUUCAAAUUUGGAUAAUAUUCACAUUCUUAAAUUCCCAGAGAACACAUUGUGUUAUUCCUUGUGUAUAUUUUAACUUAAAUCAUGUUGGUGUGAGUUGUCAAUUUGUUUGGAAGACCCUGGUUGAGAAGAGUUUUAGAUUUCAAGGUCAUAUAUAUAUAUAUAUAUAAAACAAUUGUCUACUGUUUCGCGCCAGCUAGUGCUUACAGUUUCUUUCAUUCAAGCCCUAAGUAUGUGCCCUGCUGUUCCUUUUCUUUGGCAGUUGAACAUUGAAUUCAAGGUUUUUAUUUGGUUUUAAAAGUACUAAGCAAAACAAGCAAUAAAGGGGAAUGGGGCGUGCUAGUGUUUGAAUAUGCUCUCUUGUUGCUCUAAUUCUGUGCCUCUGUGCAUUAAUAAUACUUGGAUGCAUGCAAUGCCAGCAUGGAAAUCGGUCUUCACAGAUACUGCAGUUUUCCAGAAAACACUCACAAAACAAUAAAUGUAACAGACAACAUUCCAUUUGUUAAUGGGCAUAUGUGAAUAAGCAGUGUAGAAAAUAGGCUAAUAUUAGAAAAUGGUUAAGUCCUUUAUAACUAAAAGUGUGGUUAUAUAAAUGGACACUGUCAAUGUUCAUAAUUUAAACCUUGGAUACCUGGUCAAAAUACUGCUUGGGGAACACUUUAUUAAAAUUGAGCUAAAUUGUCUCAAGUUCUUUUAUUCAUACAAUAAAGGUUGAAGGAAUGGGGGAGAUUAACAUUUUCUGUUUUUGUUUGUGAAAUUGUCUGACACAACCUUGACAGUAUCCUUUAAUGGCAUAUGAGGUUAAUUGUACUGUUAUAACCAACUUUCUGUGUUCUGGAACUAGUUCAGUAGUGAAAAUAUUUCCAGUUAAGUUGAUGUUUGCAACCUAUAAGCAGGUGAAAUCUGUGUAUGUGACCUGUUUAUAAGUUGUAUUAGUUUAGCUUGUGUGAACAGUGCGGAAAAGUAAGCCAUGAGGAGAGCGAUUUAACCAGCUUUAAAGGACCUAAGAUGUGCUUUUUAAAGCACAGUGUGGAUCAAAGGAAACUCCCUAAGACAGGACUUCAGCAGCCUUUUGAGUAUGGACAAGUCAGCAUAAAUAAAGGAAUGACAAGGCAGCAGCAAGAGCUUCAACUACAGAGAAGUGAAGGCAUAAGAUACUAUGAUGAUAGUGAGCAACUUUUCAAAAGCUAGUUAAAAUCUGCUUAUUACAACUGAAAUAUCGAAGAAAGUAGCAGGAAGGAGCUCUUCGCCUUUUGGAACAUCAAUGAGAGAUAGUUGCCACAGUUGCUAGGUCUAGCCUUUAGACCUGCAAGGAAGGGCAAUAAGCAUUAGGUAAGGCUUGAAUUUGAAUUUUUUCACUAAUUAAAGAGUAAUUUUUUGUAAAGCAAGGUAAGAGUAAUCUUUUUGAUUUGCAGGUUGAAUGAGAACCCUUCUUGCCUAAAUGAGGAAUGUCUUUCCUACCAUCUUAAAUACGAAGGUUUCUGGCUGGGUAAGGUUUGUAGCUCACAGUAAAACUUAACACCAUUUAUUUCCAUAUAAACCUACAUUACAUACUUUAAAACACACAAAUCCCUCAGGUAGAUACAUUGGCAAAAUUACCAAACUGAAAACUGCAGUGGUACCACGUUUGACAAUUUAAACGUAAGGCAAUUUUUAAAAAUUCCCCAGGAAUGGCCAUCUCAGUGUUCAUCUUGAGUCACAUGUAACCCGUUUUUCUUCAUGUAUGGAAUUCACAGUAUCUUUAGGGUAGAGUCAGUUUUUGGUAAGAAUAAGUAACCUCAACUUUCAUGAGAAUAGGUUCUAUCAUAAGCAUGACUUAAGAACAUUGCGCUGCCAGUUGUAUUAGGAAAAACAUCUUCAAAUGAACUUACCCAAUUACAGAUACAAAAAUUAUCUGCAAGUGGCUUCAUAAGCUCUCACAAAUUCAGGGAAUUUGGACUGAUGGGGUAAAUUUUGGUUUUAUUUUGGUAUCUUCACUAGAAGCAGGCAGUAAGGAACUUGAUUUACACUCAUGGUCCUUUAUGUAUAAAAAGGUGUCUUUCUCAAAGAAUUGGUUAUUACUUGUGUUAGUUGCUGAUUAUUCAUAAGGGCUAUUUUUGCUGCCCCAAAAGGGCAUAUUAAACAUUGAGGUUUAAUUCACUUUUUUAAUAAAGUAACACAAAGGGGACACUAAAAAUUAAUAGUUUCUGUAAAAUAAUAAAAGGUCAACUGUUUAAAUCACUACUGAAUUUCUACACAUUGAACUAAGUGCUAGUAAGGUCAGAGCCUAAAAAGAUAAGGUUUUAGUGAAUGAAAUUUCCUAAGAUGAAACAUUUCUUUUAAGGGCGUUCUUUCUGUUCCAUUUCACUUGUAAAAUAAAAUUAUUUUAUUUGAAUGUAGUUCUGUUGUCAUUUCUCAACAAUGUGUUCUCUUAGGUGGUAGCACCAAUAAGGAAGGUUGGAAAUGCUCGAGGCAAAUUUGAGCUGAUUCUGUUGCAUUUGUAGGUCACUACUUCUGAUAAUUUCCUUAAAAGCUGAGUUUACACUUGUAAAAAGAGACUAUUUGAGGUAUAAUAAACAAUUUGUCGGGACUAAGUAGAAAUAGGCUUGGUUUUUAAGAGCUCUGUAAGUCAAAAUUCAAAUAUUUCUAAUGGUUGGUAUCUCUUGGGAGUUUAAUGUCACAAAGUAGUGAAUAAAGCAUGCUAAUGUGCAGGGGUAAUGUAAGGAUUGUUAGCCUGUCUGAAUACUGAGUUACUUUGAAGCUUCAAUGUUUUCUGAUUUUUAAAGACUUCAGAGGUGGUCUGUAAUGGAUUCAAAUGUUUCAUUUGUGGUAUAAUGAAAUGUUUACGGAAAGAUGACUUUUUCAUUAAAAUAUUUUUAGAAAUGUG